AUGGAUCAGUCUGCAGAGCCAUUGCAGCAAGUGCAACUGUUUGGAGGAGCUGCGGAGAUCGCAGUUCCUUCUCGUUUUGAGGACGUCUCGAACAUCAGACCUGUUCCGGACAAUCAAGAGGUGUACUCUGAUGCCAGCGUUGAUCAGUCCAUUGUAGUGGAAGUGGUGCAAGUUGAUGUCCCUGACUCUGACAGCUGCCAGCACUGCUUCAAUGACCUUGCAAAUGUCUCUGGGGCAAGCAUGCAGCAGAUAGAAUCUGAAACUGUCCUAAAUCCACAAGACAUACCUGGAGUGCCAGGUGAGGCCUAUAAGGUAGUCAUAGUAGGGCAGCAAAUGGUUUCCAAAGGGAGGCAAGGCACAGACGCAGCCAACAGGGUGAUCAUGGCCAUCAUCCGCCUCAAGCAGGUCUCAUCGGAUGUGCUUAUUAUCCUCAAUACCCCAAUCUCUGUCAGCGCAAGCAGCGCAGCUGCAAAGGACAUUGGCCCUGGUGAGAGGAGUGAGCAUCUGAUGGCUCCGUCUCUGCUGAGAAGGGUCCUUGCAACAUUCAAGAUAAAAGACUAUUCCCUAUUUGGUUGA